UUAUGUCUUACAAAGGUCAGGGUUUCGAUACCCAACACCUUUUUAAUUUUACAGAAAGAAAACAUCGAAGAACCCUAACUUCUCCCUGACUUCCUCUCCCCUCACUCUCAUUCAAAGACCGACGCCGCUUUCAGAUCGACGUUGGCCGCACUCCGCCGACGGCCGACCGGCGUUCGCCUGCUUGCCUUCAGCCUUCUCCGAGUUCUCUCUCUUCGACAAAUCAAAACUUCAGUCUUCAGGCAUAUCAAAGUAAAAGAUGUCAUCUUCUCUGGCUUUGAAGUUAUCUCGUGGGGGGCGAUCAUUGCUGGGUGGUCUAACCAAUGGUAGUGGUUCUAGUUUACUGAGAUCUACGUGUGAGAACACAAGCAACCACCCCCAUCCCCAGGUGUUGCAGCAGCUAAGGACUUUCAUUCAGAUGAGGACAAAGCUUACAGUUGUUGAUAACUCUGGAGCUAAACAGGUAAUGUGCAUACAAGCUCUAAAGGGAAGGAAAGGAGCAAGAUUGGGAGAUACUAUAGUAGCUUCAGUGAAAGAAGCUCGUCCUGGGGGGAAGGUGAAGAAAGGAGAUGUUGUACGGGCUGUUGUUGUGCGAGCUGCCAUGCAGCGAGGUCGCUGUGAUGGAAGUGAGGUCAAAUUCGAUGACAACGCUGUGGUGAUUCUUAAUAAGCAAGGUGAGCCUGUUGGGACCCGAGUGUUUGGCCCUGUCCCACAUGAGCUUAGGAAGAAAAAGCAUCUCAAGAUUCUUACAAUGGCCCAACAUCUUGCAUAAUCAUUUUGUGACCAUUAGUGAAUUUUUUAAUCUCGUCGUUUUUUAUGUUGAAUGUUCACUCUUUUAUAGGAUAGUUAUAAGGUAGAUUGGAGGAUUUUUUUUUAGUUUGAUUUGGUUGUCAACUAAUCAUAAAGGUAUCACAAACUUGAAAUGUGAUGACUACAUAAACAAUUUAGGCCCUAAAGCUGUUGAUGUUUCUGCUAAUUCUCAUUGAUUACUCUUGUGUUGACUGUUGAGGUUUCCUUUA